GGGGCAGAUAAUGUACAGCCGAAUGGUGGGAAAAGAAACUCCCUGUGAAAAACUGCGAGGCAGUGUUCAGUGAAAAGCCAGUCGUGUUGCGAACAUCCAAGUGAAAACAUCUCUCUCUCUCUCUGUGGAGCCAAUUUUCCAGCGCACGCAAUUUCACUCUCGGAAUCCUUUCAUCGCGCGCGCGAAUUAUCCCAAUCACUGAUUCAUAACGAGAGUGUGCCAAACUUCAGUUUAGUGGCCGAUGGAGUGAAAGUGGAGGAUUUUCCUGUCCGAGAAUCAAUCAUACGCGCCAAUAUCUUCGCAAAGCUCCCAGUUAAUUCCCCUGUCAAAAAACAGUGAAUUCCUCGCGGAGUGCAAAUUUCGCUGAUAGACUGUGAUAAGAGAGCGUCUUGGGAAAAUCAAUAAAACCCGUGUCGACCUUUGAGUGCGAUUUCACGGCUCUUUUACCUCUGACUUGCACUUUGGCACCCAUCCAAAAACUCAUCGAAUCAUGCUUGACACGAGGAAUGAAAUUUACCAUCAGAAGACAGCAGAAAUCGGCGUGUCCAUCAUUGGCGACACUCAUGCAUUCCAGACUCAACCCUCUCAAGUGUCUUCCAAUGCAGAUCUCCUGGACUCCUACGCUGCACAGGAGAAACCGAAGAUCCUCGGAAUAUCCGAGGAGACAUUCGAUAACAUCACCAAAUUCGCAGCAGAAGUGGCGGGAACGGCCAUCCUGCUAUUCGUCGGCUGUGCCAGCUGCGUCACUGGCCUAGACGUCGAUCCCCCGCCCAUGCUCACCCCGCUGUCCUUUGGCUUCAUCGUCACCGCCAUCAUCACGAUAUUCGGUCACAUAUCUGGGGCUCAUCUCAAUCCUUCCGUGACCAUCCUGGCGCUUAUCCUCCGCAUGAUCAGUCCAUGGAUGGCGCUAUUCUACGUCAUCGCACAGGUGGUGGGGGCGAUUGUGGGAUACGGUUUCCUGGUGGCCAUCACACCCGCCGAGGUCUUUGCCAAGGAGGACGCGCUCUGCACCACCACAGUUCAUGAGAAGCUGUCCAUCGGAGAGGCUUUCCUCACUGAGUUUCUCAUCACGUCGGUGCUCAUUUUCACAGUGUGCGGCGUUUGGGAUCCGCGCACAACCAAGUUGCAGGACUCGUCCGCCAUCCGGGUGGGCUUCGUGGUGGCCGUCCUGUCCAUCGCCGGCGGGCCCUACACGGGCGCCAGCAUGAAUCCCGCCAGGAGUCUCGCACCUGCCAUCUACACGGGCGUCUUCGACGACCAGUGGAUCUACUGGGUGGCACCGCCGCUGGCCGCCAUCUGCACAGCGUAUCUGUACAAAUUCGUCUUCUGGCGCGAAGACACGGAGAGGAAGAACGUUUGACGAGUGUGAGCUCGCCGUCCCAAUGAUAUUUCUCAAAUUCUGCGAUCUUGUGAUGAUCAUUAUGUGUAAAGAUCUACCAAAUGUGACACUGCAAAUAAACUCUAUGCACAAUUA